GCGCGUUUAGCGCUUGUGGCAGCAGCGGCGGCAGCGGCCGAGAGGGCUGGGCUGGUCCGUCAGCUGUGCGGAAAUCCGAAUGUCGGCGCGUCAGCGCACUGCCGCCAAGCUCGUGCUGCGUCCCUACACCAUCACCAAUAGUUGAUGAUGAUCACGCCGCCCUACCCCCAGGCACUUUACCCGAGCGAAGCUUCAAAUUGUUGUGAUGUCUUGGCACAGUUCAGCGAACAAUGAAAACAUUGAAUUGCUCAGAGCUUCUGGAAAAAGGUUAUACGCCAACACCGUCGGAAGCAUACGCAGUGCUGGGCAACUGGGCUCUGUUCCUGGCAGCUGUGGAAAGCCUGAUGGUGGUGACGACAGUGGCGGUGUUUGUGCACGAAUGCCACUACCUCAGUGCCUGCUGGCCCCGCAGGACACUACUCUACAGCUCCCUGGCUCUUGCUGUGUUUCCUGUAACUUCGGUCUGUGCCUUAGUGGCCACCGUGUUCCCAAGAGUUCACGAUGCCACUUCUUCUAUUAUCAUGCUGUAUCUUCCAUUUUCGCUGGUGAUGUACUUUGAGCUGAUCAGCUGCUAUGCGGGGGGCUCGGAGCAGCUUGUCCAGCGGCUCAUUAACGAGCAAAUGCCACUGCGGGGUCCCCCCAUCUGCUGUGUGCUGUGGUGCUGCCCGACACCUUCUUUCUCCAAGCAAAGGUAUGCUGUCCUACGGGUGGUGGUCUACCAGCUGUUCUUCAUCCCCCUGAUUCUGAUCACCAUCAUCUUUGUAUGCACGCUCACAGGCAUCCAUGAAGGGGAUAAGAUGGAGGCGACCAAUGCGUCCCCAUACCUGAUGCUCCUCCAGGCGGGAUCCUUCCUUCUGGGCACGUACGGCUUUGUCAUCUUUGUCAAGCUGGCCUCGCGGCCCCUGCCCCCGCAGCUGCUGCUGCGGCGCAAGUUCACCGUACUGCACCUGCACUUCACCCUGACGCGGCUGCAGCUAGUUGCAUUCAAGGCAGCCGGACUGACGGGCCACCUGCCCUGCGUGCCACCUCUGGCCUCCAUGGUCACCGGAGUCUACCUGAGCAGUGCCAUGCUUAUGGGCCAAGGGUUCAUGGUGUCCACUGUGUCCCGCUACUUCUUCCUGCAUCCGCCGCCGACCUCGACUCUGCCGCUGUGCCCACCAGCCCCAACGUCAGCCCACGUCAACAGCCAUCAGCGAUCGUCCACUGUCUCCCUGCCCCGCCCGCAGGCCAACGCACACCAGGCCAGCACACGGCAGGCCAGUAGCCGAUACCUGGCUGCAUUCACUUACUGACUCUGAGGGCUAGAUUCUAGACAAUGCAUAGCAAAUUGGUCAAUUGAUAUGACAUGGCAGAGUGUUGGCGUGGCCACGAAGUCAAAGUUCACACAUGGCUGUGCCAUCUGGCGAGUGACAGCAGUGGUUCGUCAUCUCCAACAAGGGCAGCUUCCUGCCUGAAAACUGAAGAGGGAUGUGCUUAAACCUACUUUCUUGCUCCACGACGAGCAAAGUGCAAUGUGCUUGAAUUUAGUAGAACUUCUAAUCUGGCAACUCAGCCAUACUUAUUGCCUGCAUGAACCUCAGUGCUGCAUCGAUUAUGACAAGAUAUUAUGGUUGAUAAUGAGUUAUGUCUUGUUACAGCUUCCUGGUAUACUUCAUCAACCUCUCUUCUUUUUCCAUUUUGCAGAUGAAUGUGUGUGCCUAGUGACUCUGUAAAGCUGGGUUUUUAAAGGGAAUGUAAUUUAUACACUAUGAGUGCAGUAUGUUGUGUCUGGUUUCAAGUUUGGAUUAAUUUAGAAUGGAAAGAAUUCGAUUUGCUGUAGUUGCAGCAAUUCCGAGCAACUACACAAGUGAUGUCUCACCUGAGGUGCUAACAAAUGUGUUUUGAAAAAUGACUGCAUGGUUUUGCGGUUGGGUACAGCCUUCUCACUGUGAUUACAGUAUUUGCACAAAUGUAUUGCAAGUUCAUUUUUAUUUUUCUUUCCAAAAAUGCACCUUGUCCUACAUCUGGAAUCAUGCUAAAUUUCAUCUUGUACACUGAGUCACAGCAUUUGAGUAUUUUUUUCUUAUGCUUAAACCACGGAUAAAAUCCUGCUUUAGAUGUUACGUGAUACAGUCAACGUCCAAUUUUUUGUACUUCCUAAGGACUGCAAAAACAUUUGAAAAAUCGGGCGGUCCCCAAAAACAAGUGCAUGCUUGUUUGGGGACCGCCCGAAACAAGUGCAUGCUUGUUUAGGGCUCAAAUUGCCACAGCCACCUCCAAGGUAGCUUUAAAUGCCUGCCUGUAUAAUUAUUAGGCAUCUCGGUGCUCGUACUGUGAUAGGAAAUGGCAGGUGCACACAUGUAUAAUACAGAAACACAUUUUAUGUUCCAUGACAGUGACCCCUUCACACAUUGCCAUAUUGCGGUGUAGCCGACUUUUGGGAACCAACAUUAUGCAACAUUUUAGACCCAUUCCAUACUUUCCGCACUUUGACACCAUCGGCGAGGAUGACGAAGUCAUUGCUAGUGCUGAACAGAGGUAGUGACUUCAAUGAAUGCCAUUUUGGACCUGCAAUCACAGCAAAAAGUCCGAAAAAUUGGCCGGCAAAGGGUUUCAGUGAGCGAAAUUUAGGAUGUUCUUAUACAUUGGCUCUAUGGGGUACGUGGCAUUCCCACAAAGGAGUCCGAAUUAUCAGGCAUGUCUGAAAAAGCGGUUGUUGACUGUAUUACGUAAAGGUAUCUUUCUGCAUGCUAAACAUUGAUGGCAGCGGUGCAAAGGUCACUGCUAGGCUGAGCUGCUCGCAGAUGGAGCUAAGCAAAGGCAGCAUAUAUAAACGAACGGAUCACAGACAUUCGUUUUAUAAGAAUGUGUGUAUGUUGUUGCUGGCUGUGAUUGCUGUACCAGGUUUCAAGUCACAUUAUAGCUGCAACAAUGUGUCUCCUAAAUUUUUAACUUGUGAGAGCUGGCCUUUAUGUUUGUGCAAGUGUUUCAAGCUAUCAGAUGAAGUUUAGCACCAGUCCUAGCUUAGAUCUAUGCUUGGAAAGUUUGCUAAGGAAGUGCAAUAGACAAACAUAUAAGGCUCAGUAGAUGAGUCUUUGUAAUCAAACAAAGCAUUGUGAAAACCAUGCACAACCAUUUUUGGAGUCUGUAUCUCAUUCUGAAAUAGACCUGCUGAUUGGGCCUAGUGGACUGUGCUAAAUAGAGAUGUAGAUUAAAUGUCCUCCAAUGAAUUGGCUAUGCAGAAAUAUCCAUUUAUUGGAUCUUCAUUUUAAAGCCACACCACCUGGGUGACUUACUUUAUGUAGCACUGUGUUUCACAGCUGUACUUGCCUGGUAUAUCUGUGACAACUACACUGUCAUCAGUGGCAACAUGAUAAAAGCACUUUGGAUAGCUGCCUGUAACAUAACAUGUUCACUGAGAAAUGCAGCUAGACUGUUCCUGGUCGCAGUUUGUUUGCCAGACACUCAAUGCAGGCACGAAUCUGGCUGCUAAAAAGUACCAAGUAGAUUAUUGUAGUGUCAUCGAUUCUUCGUGCAUGCAAGUUUUUUUUUUCACUGUUGUAAACAAUGUCUUGUCCAUGAGCUUUAAAGUUCAGUUCACAUUUUAGGCCCAAUUUGAAGCUUACAGAAUAAUUUGCGGCCAAUAUAUUUAUGAGGUAGAGAGAACAGGCAUGUAUUAUGCCGGUGCUUGUGGAUAGACAUUUUGAGGGCAGUGAGAAAUUUGUGGAUAUGAUAAAAAUUAUAUCCCUGCAAAAAUUAAUUAGUUUACAUAACUAGUAUUUACAGAACCAGAGAAACCUCACCAUAGGAGUCUAGAAAUUUACACACUGUGCAUGACCUGCGGAACAUAUUGCUAGCAGAGUGUUUACAUGUUGCAGUUUCUAAAUAUGAUGAAUAACAAUUGGAACUGCCAGCUGCUUUGAUCUCAUGUAGCUCCUUGGACUUAAUUCAUGCCCAAUAUCUAAAAGUAAUAUUGAGCUAAAGCCUGCAAACAACAUUAAAGGUUUCUUCGACCUGCACAUGGGCAUUAAGCUGCGUUUCUGUUAUAACACCUAUAAAAAAAGACGAUGCACUUACUUCUGCUUUAUAUGUACUCAGACUUCACAAGAAGAUCGCUUUUUCGUGGCCUUCAUCAUUUAACAAAGUACAUGGCAUUGUUGCCUGCCUGGUUCAUGGGGAAAAAUGAAAAGCCAAUGUGGCAGGAAAAUUCUGUUUCAUCUUCUCAUUUUGAGAUCACAAUACAAUUCUACAUUAUUAGAACAUGAUUGAAACAAGGCAGCUCAGCAUGUGAAGUCAUUCUACCGCAUCUGCUAUUCACGCUGUUUCCUUCUCUUGUCAACAGGCAGCAUCCAUGUGUAUGUAGCAGUUUGCCUCUGUUAAUACAAUGCUGCUUUUUCUAUUUUUUUUUUUUGUGCAUGAAUCAGGCAAGCUAAAUUAUAUGUGCUUUGUUGAACAAUGUGGACAAAAAAAUGCGAUGUUAUUGCAAAAUUUGGAUGCAAACAAAGCAGCAAUAAACACAUCUCUUUUGAAGUUAGAAUAAGAACACAGCUCUUUGUACUAUGGUUUAUGUUUAACACAAAUAGGGAUGCACAGUCUGUGCAUUGUUGUAGAACUUCCACCCGAAAGUCACUGUGAAAAUUUCAUGAUGAAAAUUUCAGCGUUUCAUGCUGUCUGCUUUAAUUGGGUGAAAGAUUUAAGUUUGUGUGUCUUUCUUGGAAGAAUGCUGUAGUGCAUGGUCAGCUACUCCAGCUUUCAACAGCUUUAAAGUUUUAAAGGUCUUCAUUGUAAUGUCUGAACUAUAAUCAACAUAAAAAAAAGCUGCUCUCAUGACGGAUGUUAGCAACAGUUUCAAAGCUGCUGACUCUAAAGCACCCAGAUAUUUCUGAACCACUGUGUUAACAAAAAAAAAAAAAAAAUAUAUAUAUAUAUAUAUAUAUAUCUUAGUAAAACACUCUUGAUGUUCAGCACAAUGAAUCUUUUAAAAAAGGGAGCUUUGGCAGACAGGUGGAGUGCUUGUAAAAAGGUGAUGUGGUGAGGCAUGACAUACUAUAAACAAAUCAAAUUGCCCCAGCCUCUGCCACUUAUGCUCCUGCUGCUUAUGUAGUUGCUGCUUGUCAGUAUUGACAAGCAGCAACUUCUAUACUAGAUGCAGAUCUAGCCACAUAAGUGCAACUCUGUAAUCGGUGAUGUUGAUUACUAGUUGGGCGUUUUAGAGGCUGCGAAAUAAAUGCAGCCAGCGUCUUGCACUUGAGCUGAAAUUCUGUCUGAGCAGGAGAGGCUGCCAUUGCUCUUUGACAGCAUAAAAGUGUAAUGUGAUGAGUGCAAUGUGCCGUGUUGUGGGACAGACGCAAACAUGGCUUCAUACUAUAGUACCUUUUGCUAUAACUAAGCAGCAGUGGUAGCAAUGUAACUACAGUCACUUAGACAUGUUAUAUAUAUAUCCAACAAAUCUUCUGACGAUGCUGAGAGUUUCCUUCAUCAGUUUUAGCUGUUUCCGAGCCCAUUAAACAUCUCUCCUCGAGCACCAACAAAUAGUUGAACAAUCAGUACAGACACUCUUCAAGUGUAGAUAUCAAGGCAAUCACCUUCCUUCCUGGUAGUACAAUGCUGGAAAUGUUGCUGCAUGGCUCUUCAUGUGCUUAAGAAGCUAUAGAUAAUUGAAGUGCAAUGUAGGUAUUUGCUAAAGAAAAAAAAAUAUAUCCAUCAUAAUUUAAUGUCCUGGACACAGUUGGUAGAGACUAUAUCCACUUUGAAUGACUUUCACGUAUCUGCUAGUGUAAACGAGAUAUUUUUGUGGUUGUUGGUCAAUGGGACAUCUUGUUACUACAAACACUUUGUUAUGAUACAGCUACCAUGAAAUUAUUCAUUUUUCUGAAGUGUGCAAGAGACAGUAAGAUCUUGUAGAGGGAAAAGCAUGAUCAGUCACUUGGAAGUGAGAGUUUAACAGUAACACUCAAAGCCACUUGUGGAAAUUCCACAAGUCAAAAGAGAGUUAACUAUGUCUAUUUUCUUUCAAGUUGUGUUAAUCAAUGCUAACGAGUUAAAAAGCACCGAUUAGCAAGAACUGGAAAAGUGACAUCGUAUUUCUAAUGCAAGCACUUAAAACACUGUUCUGUAUAUAGUAUUACUAAAGGCCACAGCUUCGUAGUUUGCAUAAUAUGGAAGACAUGCAAAAUUACAUAUUCUACUUGUUUUUAUACCCAAUAUAAGCUGAAGCCUUACAACGCAAAUUAAAAAUCAUAUUGAGAUGAUUCUUAUUUUUCUUUCGUAAACAUUUUGACAAGUGAGCAAUAGAUAUGGAGCAAGACUGCCAGAGAUUACCACAUCUUUUGAAAAUAGGAAGUUCUUGACUGCUGGCAGAAUAGUGCGUAACUUAAUUGCAUUGAUUAGAGACUGACCUACGAGCCACUCUUUCACAAAGUCAAUUGCAGUAUUCUGUCUUUCUUUCUUCUUUUUUUUUAAUUCUGUGGACUUGGCUUAUUGUUAAAUUGAAAAUUGUACUACGUACCUUAGGAAUCUAAAAUUUUGCAGUUUCGUCUAGUUAUAUUGGCUACCUGCUGAUUUGAGCAAAAAGCCAGAUCUAGAAGUCUGUGUGAAAUGGAUACGAUGGGGCAUCAGUGACAAUUGAAAGGAAAAGGGUUUUAUGAAUGCUGCUCGUCAGGUUGCACCCCCGACGAAACUUCUUCCCCAGGCAAACUAUGCCCCCUGCUCACCGUCUUUCCUCGACCUGUUUUGUGGUCGUUCCCAAAGUCUUUCUUGUUCAAAGUUUUUUGAUGCAUCUUUUCAGCCUCAUGACACAUGCAAGGACCUACUCCUAAGUCCUCAGCUGUAUCUGAUGACACUUGUUAAUGUACCAGGGUGGAAUGACAGAGUAGUGUCUUUUGUCACUGGAUUGGACAGCGUGUUCUGUGGCAGAUGUGCUGAAACAUGUUUCUCCUUGCACAGGGAAUUAGAGUUGGCCUAGUUGGUUUACGUUCAUCAUGGCAAAACAGUGCAGACGACGGGACGAGUGAAAUAGGUAAGACAAGCACAUUGUCUUGUCUGUUUUACCCAUCUUGUCAGCUGCACUGUCUUGCCAUGAUGUCUCUCCUUACCUCUAUGAAGUUCAUGUACAUGUGUCGUCUGCUGGUGUUUUGAUACAGUGAACCCUUCUUUCAGCAUAUCCCCUUCAGGCAUGGUGUACACAUGUGUGUACAAUUUGUUUUUGCCAAUUCUGUCCAGUGGUGGCAAGAAAAAAAGCCAUGGAGAAUGAGCUUUGGGUGAAUUGAACCCCCUGUCUCCAUAUCACUUCAGUGUGCUGCAUAUUGCUACAGAUGACGACCUUGCUGAAGGCAUUACAAUGUUUGACGAGACGUUUGACAUGCCGCAUUCCUACAGCAAUGCCAAUAGAAUGGAUGCAUGCACUUCGAGCUAGUGAUUCAGCGACUUUUACAUGAAAAUGCAACACAACUGACUGCACAAUAAAUAAGUAUUGAAUUAAUGUGUAAUUAUGACGACUCGCUAGAAAAUCAACAAAAACAAUAUCCUAUAAUGUUGUCCUUCUUGUAAUGGGGUGUCCAGCACCUUGAAAUAAAGUUAUGUAAGCUUGGCAUGUCUAUCAGGAGUUCAUCAUAAUUUGCACCUGGGUUAUUUACAGUGUGAAGUGGCAGUAUUUCUGGCACCUAUGAUGCAUUUGUGUGCAGGAGAAAGGAGGGAACAGAAAAUGGCCUUCCUCAGUAGCCAUAAAACAUUUGGGUGAAGGUGAGUGGCUUUUUGCACCACACCUUUACCCACAUCUUACACCAACAUGUCCAGUAGCUUACUACUCUGAAGCCAUAAGACACUUGCAGCAGCGUAUAUGUUCCCUUGUUUCCCAAUAUGGACUUGACUGGGCCCUAUUAGUAUUCAUCUCAGCUGUAAAUGUGUAACUUAUAUUCCAGAAGAAAGCUGCUAUGAUUCUAUGUACAUAACGUGGCUGUGGCAAAUUGAAAAAUCGCCAAGUAGUGCUGAUGAGAAAUCUUAUUAUGAAUGCUAUGAGGUCUGCUGUACACUGUAGGCAGUAUAUUUGUGAAUGGCAAAGAUUGUUGGUGCCUAAUUGCGCUUUUUCUUGAUUCAUUGGAAAUGCUGUCACAUCAGUGAUCAUCAUUUAUUCACUUGCCGCAUUGUUCUGCUUGAACAGCAGCUUGGGCUUGUUGGUUUUCCAUCCUGGUGUUAACAGUGCAAAACGUAGACAGGGACAUGAGACGAGAAGACAACACCAUGAGCGCUGUUUUAAGGGCAUUCCAAAUUUUUUAGUGCUUCUCCUUAUUAUCAUUAAGUUUACUCAGUGUGCCGAAAUUCAUAACAAGGUUUUACUGGGUGCCAAUUUCUCUUGUGUAUAACCUACCAAAAGAAUUAAAUGUGCAAGAAUAAUGAGAACCGAGGGGCCCGAUUGUUGUUUGAAUUCUGGGUUCUACGUGCUAAAACCAUGGUUUGAUUAUGAAGCACGCCAUAGCAAGGGAUUCCAGAUUAAUUUUGACCACUGGGGGAUCUUUAACGUGCCCCCAAUGCAUGGGACACCAGCGUUUUUGCAUUUCGUUCCAUCGAAACGCGGCUGCCGCAGCUGGGAUUCGAUCCUGUGACCCCGUGCUUAGCAGCGCAACAUCCUAGCCGUUAAGCCACUGCAGCAGGUCGCUUUUUGUUACAAACAAAUAGAAAAGCCAGGGAAAAUAUAGGUAUAGUGAAUUGAAAUUUAGGAAUAAUGAGGAAAAGAGAAGCAAAAGGGGAUGAAAUGACAACAUGCCAUGGGUGGGAGCCGAUCCCACAUCUUGCACAUGAUGUGUGUGGUGCUUUACCAUAGGCUAUAGUGGCAACCAUCCUCAUAUAAACUUUCGUGAGUAUUUGCACUUGCGUAAAGGCUAACCCACAAUUGGAGUGUUAGCCAGCACUACUUGUAGCAAUGGCAACCAAUAUAGGACCUCCUUAAAAAAAAAAAAUAUUCAAGAGUCUCUAAGGUGAAGCAUGCAUUUCUUAUAUUGCAACCUCAUAACUGCCAGAGGACUGCUGUGUUGACCUAGCAGCAAUGAUCAGAAAUCUAAUCAAACUAAACAGCUAAGCAAGUCUUCAAGAAUGUUGUACAAAUGAGGAGGCUGUUAUUCACAUGUUCCUAGAGGUUGCCUUUUCCAUGAUGAUUGAGCUGCAGUAGGCAGUACAGUGCCUGUGCUGCCCACUGUGGCCAGCUGCCCUGUACCCUCGGUUAGUGCAACAACUUUGGGUAACAACUUGUUGACAAAAUUACAUGGAAUUUCAUGUAUUUCCUUGCCUUUUUAGGGAACAUACGCAUUGAAAGUGGUAUUAGGUAGAUAUGCCUAGAAUAGUGAUCAGCUUCAGCUUCACACCUACAACAUGUGUUUGAUACAUAUUUAUUAAAUAAAGGCCAAUUAGUAAAAUUAACUUAUCUGGUUAGCUUCUGAUACAUUGCAUUGGUUAAUAGGUCACUAGUUUGAGUCAAGAGAGCCACAUGGCCUAAUGUGCCAGCCUGGAAUACUCUGUUGCAUGGCAAUUUUCACAGAGAUGAAAGGAGUGACAGCGUUGUCCCUCAUUUCACUAUUCUCAAAGUUGUGCUUCCUUGUCUUCGCCAAUAUGAACCAGCUAAAUCUGCAACAUGUAUUGUGGGCUUUGUGCAUGUUCACUGUGUCAGUAAGCAUUUCAAGGCUAAUCAUAAAGUUUCACCAUGUACUGAAGGACAAGGCUCCAUGCAGUAGACCAACUACACGUGUUUAGCUGAUGUGCAGUAUGCAGCACAUUUAAGUCCUGUUAUGAUGGCAAGUUUAUGGCCUGGAUCCUCAACCAAUUUUUAGUGAACAGGGUUUUAGUGUGCUUGCCUUGAGUUAAAAUGACAUUACGAGAAAGCGAAGCAUCUUUUGAUGCUACCUCAGGCUCCACAUAGCAUUCUGCAAAAGGGGGCUUAUCUUUAGUCAUAUCUUUAUGCACGAAUCAAGCCUAACAUGGGAAUCAGGUCUGUGUUGGCUCUGUUCUCCAUUUUGGAUGUUGUUUUUGGUCAUGCUAGAUGUGCACCUCUGCCACAGAACACAACUGCCACCAGCGUCAACAUAUCAUGUCUUCCUGUUUGCACGCAUGUAAAUAUUGCUGUAUUUUGAGCAUCAGGCUUGUACCUCUUGUCAGUAAUAUGAACACUGCAUGAAAAUUCUUUCUUCUUGAACGGUCUUUUGUCGCAUUAGAGCCAGUAUUAUUGCGUCUCUUGCGAGUUUCAUAUCACAAAUGUGCACUGCAGGACAUUGCUAGCUUGUGUGGUUUACUUGCUGCAUUGUAUUUCAAGGCCAUUGCAGAUCACAUUUGAUGCUGUUUCUAUAUAAGAGGCUAUGUAGGUGACAGUAAUGCUGCAGCUUAGCUAAAUGGCUUGCAAAUGAUUCCUUCAUGAGUGUGUGCAGUUGUCACAGCACCUUAAUUGUUAAGCAGCUUAAAGGAGCACUACAACAGUUUUUUAACAUGGUAUAUAAUCUUCCUUGGGCACCAGAUGAUGUUGUCAUUAACAUUUCUGUCUAAUACUUUUUCUGUAAGUGGGCUACAGAGAUGCUACACAUCAGUUCAAAAGACUUCCCGUGCACUUUAGUUCAUGUCAAAUGAAAUUUACUUCACCAUAAAUUACAAAGUACAAAUGAUGGAGGCACGUGCGAAAUAUUUUGAAGGCAUUACGACAUAUGUAUCCUGUUAUGCACAGAUCCUACAGAUUCUUUGUUUUCCUACCGAAACUUUUUUUUCUUUCAAUGAACUAUGUUAAAUUUUUGCGACUUUUUGUUUAUUGCUAUGCGUAUUAAACAGAAUGGCCAUUUGCCAGAUAUCUUCAACUAUCAAAACUGAUAACCGCCUCCUGCAUAAGCAAAAAAAAAAAGAGAGAGAGAGAGAAGUCUGAUCACUGAUGGGUGGGGAUGCCUCAUCAUGGUGGAGAAUAAAACCACUAUGGCGAUACAUAUACUACGAUAUCUGAGACCAAGCAGUGCAACAGAAGAUUAUCACAUACCAUUGUGAGGUCAUGCCAAUACAAAAGCUUAACACGACGAUGAGCAGAGCAUGGCAGCACAGCUUCAGGCGCUGUUAAAAUGUGAAAAGGAGAGGAAAGCUUCAAGGGAACAGGAGCAUAUGAUUUCUGAUAAUUAUGUUCGUACAAGGUGCACUGAACAACACUUUAUUUGAAUAGGUUUGCGAAUUAGCACAAGACGCAUUAUUCCACGCCUUUUAUGAAAAGUCAUUGUUGGUAUCCUUAUUAAUGACGAUGACCUCACAGCACCUUGCACGGUUCCUGUGUUAAUCAGUCAAACAAUGGCUAUGAUUUUUCAAUAGGUGAAGCACCAAUAGUGACGGCACACAAGAAGGAAUACAGACAGGACAAGGCGCUACUUGGCUAUGACAUCUCAAAUGAAGAUCACGUGUGAAAUAUCACUUUUGCGUGAUGCUUAGUGUGGUGUUAAUAUGUGAAUGCAUAAGUAAGAAACUCAUUAAUUUAAAUCAGCUAGAAAAAUUCACAAAAUUUUGUUUCGUCAAUUUACUAGUGAUUGCUCCUUGUUUCUUCUGAUAUAUGUUUGAUAAAUCUAGUAGUAGCCCUUAGCUUUCCUUCUGUGCUCCCUUUUUUAUGUGAAAGUCAUGAGAAUCACAUGACAAAACAGGUACAACAGAAAUGUAUGAAACUUAUGACUGUAAUCGAUGUAGAUAGAGCUGUUCUUCACGCUUUUUUUUUCUAUCCCCCUGCUUGAAAUAAGUUAUGCAAUGGGUAAUGCAUGUUUUUGUGUGUUCAGCUUAAUGUUUAGAAUCUGCCUAGCAUUUCGCAAAUACAAGGACUAAUGGAGGCUUUGCAUUGACUGGUGUCACAUCCUGCAAACUAUGGCUUUGCCAUUCUAUUGAUUCUGUUCUGAUGUUGAUCUUCUCACAAUGUCAAGCAUUGCUAAUUACGUGCAGUUUCAUAUGACAGUGUACUGCUGCACUAUGCACAUAGGAAUGUCAUGAGAGUUGAGACAUGUGAUCAAUCUGCAGCUGAUUCAGUGCUUAAGCGUUGCCACGUUAGCAUACGUUGCCACCAUUGUUUAACUAUACUAUACUGUGCUGUGCCAAGUCCGUUUCAAUGCUAAAUAUACCACAUGGGCCUACCUGCCUAGAGUUCUCUCACAUUUCUGCGAAAGGUUACUGCAAUUAGAUUAAGUCUGUUCUUUUCUUUCACAUAGGCAUAGCUGAGCAGGCGCUUUGAAUGGCUUUCACAAAUUAACAGGAAAAAAUGACAAUUACAUAACGCUGCAUUAUUGCUCGGUGCUUGCAGUCUAUUGCACAUGUUUACUGUCCAAUUGAGUCAUAAUCAUCUUUUCUUUUGUUUCUUGUAAGAGGUUGCAGCCAAAUUCUUGUGUGUGUGUGCAUGCAUGUGUUCUUGUGCCUAUAUGUGCGAGCAUGCACGAAUGCUUUUGCCGGAGUGUUGAGUUUUCAUGGAGAUCAUUGCCACCAUUUGCGCCUCGCAGAGUGCCCAUCAUCUUCACAUGUAAAACACUGCGUCACAGAAGUGCAGUCUAGUUCUCUGUAUUCCACUUAGGCUGCACACUACUCCAAGCACGAAUCAAAGUUCUCCAGUGAUUUCACUCGACCAAGUGCAUGCAUAAUGCACGGUACUACGUCAUAAUUUCUACAAUUUACUUUUCUAGGUGCACUAAUACAACUGCUUGCAUGUGUACCAUAUUAAUUGUAGGUGCAUUUGCUAUACUUCUCCCACAUCCACAGGCACAAGUCCUUCAAUGUAAUGUACGUAGAGAUUGCCACUGUGCGCCAAGUGUAGUGUUUGUGAGUUUACCUUUUGUGUGCCAAUGCAGUUUGGAACACAAAAUAAGCUAGGCAGUAAGGGCAGGAGCAUUGCAUAAGGUUUAUGGCGUGAUCAUUAUGACCCCUUGUUACAGGUGGGCCUGACUGACUAUGUACAAGGCCCCGCUGCAUCGUCAAAUGUAUAUAUCAGAACUUGGCCCACUACUGAAGGAAUAAAAACAUGUAGGGCAUCAAACAAUGCCAGUUCAGUACUAGAGACAACUUCCCUUUCCUGAGAAUGAACUGUGCAAGUUCUAUUUGCAGUUCACUGCAUGAUAAGUCAUGUGUUACAGCAAACCGUUUAGGGCAAACCGUACAGUGAGACCGUACAGCAGUAAAGCAAAUGAACCAUUCGUAAUUUCAUGUCAUCAUAAACAGCUGAGCUGAGCAACUGAUAAGUGAGAUAAGCUGUUGGAUUAUAGCUAUGGCUGGUGGAAGAUGCUUUCAAGGCAAUCCCUGUUUAUUGGCUCAUCUCCCAACAGAUACUGUGUUACUCAAAUGAAACUAUCAAAAAUAUGUACCCUAAGACAUACAAGGGCACGUGCCAGCAUGUGUUCUGAGUACAUCUUUUUGUGUUGCUACUUUUCACUGGUUUCAACACACUUUUUCUUCUCUUUAAUGUGAGGAAAGUUUCCCAGUCAUAACAGAUGUCACUGAUUCGUCGAAGGGCACAGCUAGGGUGGCCUGGCACUAGAGUUGACGUGGGUGGUCCUAAGCAAUAUAGAGCUGAAUUCUGAAAGUGGGUGGCAAACCAGUGAGCUCUCAGUGGUUUGCCAUCCACUUUCAGAAUUCAGGCAAUACCUGGUUGGCGUCAAGUCCCUCAGCGUCACUGACAAGAGAUUGAUUAUGAGAUCAGCCCGUAGCAUGUGUACCUUCAGCAUCUGUCGGAGGUUGAUGUGUUUUGGUGCCGGUUUCUCACAGUGGAUUGCGCUCGACUUUUGGGAGUUGCCUAGGUUGCGCUGUAUGCACACUAUCCCAUGUCGACACCUGGUGCUGCUGGCAUUGUUGCCAGUGAGUUCACAUGCUGCUGCCCACUGUUUGAGCAGGCUGCACAGCUGUCUGCCCGGUGCAACCUUUUCUAACUGCAUAGUGUGUGCUCCCCAUACAACAGGCAUUUCUUGUGGUUUACUGGCAAGAGCUACAAGGAUGCAAUUUGAAGGCAAGCAUAGAGGAGCCAGUGCCUCUUGCUGCUUUUGUUUGCUGGAGAGACAGACAUUCAGGUCCAGGGAAAUUUACUUGCAUGCUGUACCCUGUGUUUUCUGUAUCGCAGUGUUUAGACCAGUGCAUCGAAAUGGAACGGAAAUGUAAGCGAAACACUAUUUAUUAUUUUGUCUCGAAGUGAAACCAAAAUAUUUUUUAUGGAUUUCAGUUCAAGGGGAAAGUCAGCAAUCUGAAACAACCGACAUAAGGCAAUGUCAGCAUUAGAGUGUAUCUCAGGGGUUCACAUUAGCACGUAUAUCAGGCAGGGAUAGUGCUAGCAAUAGCCCAUCUGGAGCUCCACUAAUGUAAGCCUGUCGCUCAGGGCACUAGCAGAUUGGUAUCGUAGUAAAACCUAGGGCUUGCACCCUGAAGAGCUUAUCAUCUUGUUUUCUAUAGGUACAACGCUUUGUAACCAAGUUUUGUGUUUCAUUUAUGUUCAUUUAAGUUUACUUUAUCGAAACAAUACCCUCGCAUUUCGGCAAGUACACUCGAUGACAUGUUGCUUCUGAGAUCAUCCUCGUUGCCUUGACUUAAUGCACUGAGCGUGGCCUCAGAAUUCAUAAUUCAUAAUGAAUUCAUAAUUCAUUACAUUGCUUCAAAAAUUUUUACAAGAGGAAGAACGUUAUGAACUGUUACGAAUCAUUUUGUUUUUUCAUUCCAGAGCAGAACCAGAAUGGAACUUUUUCAGUGGAACGAAAGACUUAUCAUUCGAACACCCUGGUUUAGGUACUAUUUUAGGUAUACACAUCUGAUGGGAUCAUAAAGAUAUUUGAUUUUGAUACAGUGUUGGACAUGCGAGUGAAAUUUAUACAGUGAUCUGCAUUUUUAUUUUAAGGCAUCAUUUUUUUUCUUUUUUACGUGCUGUUGCUUUGCUCUUGCUGAAAUUUCACUACAAAAUCAGAUUUUUUUGGUCGACAUCAUUGAAUAUAGUAGCACUUCACACCGUUGCUUACAUGGCUUGUCUGGAAGAAGUAAUAAAUCAUCGUCACAUGUGUGCAUGAACUGCUGCAGGAGCUUGAACUGGCAUUCAGCAACAUAUUGAUUUGGGUUAGCUGAUAUCAGAUUUAUAGUACUCUAACAAUGGUGGACACGCGACAAGAAAUUAAGAAAAUUAAACAUUCUCCCAUGCUUGCAGAGUAUAACAUGAACUGGUUUUGCUGACUGUCAGCAGUUAAGCCACAGAAUAAGCUUAACAGCAAGUAGAGUGGAUAACAGCAAUCAAUUGUAAGGUUUCAUGUCUGAAUUAAGCUGCACAAUGGGCUAUAAGGAAAGCCAUUGUCUCUGGAUUAAUUUUGAUCACCUGUGGUUCUUUAACAUAUGCACCAAAAGCAUCGGUAAAGAGUGUUUUUUGCAUUCUGCGCUCAUUGGAAUGCAGCCACUACAACUGGGAACUGAACCAGUGUCCUUGUACUCAGCAACGGAAUGCAUAGAAACACAGAUGCAGGAGGCUGACUUCACGGAAUGACAGUUCAUGUGGAAAUUUCAUUUCAUUGCCUCGCUCUAGUUGAAUUCACAAAACAGGGUCACAUUUUGAAAUUAAAAUAUGGAGCAACACAACUCGCAAAUAUGCCUUGCUUUCUUGUUAGUUCACACUCUCUCUCUCUUCCUGUCAUCUUUGUUUUCCCCUUUCCCAUUCCCCCGGUGUAGGGUAGCCAACCGGACGUUAUUCUGGUUAACCUCCCUGCCUUCUGCUUUUCUCUUUCCUCCUUCCACACUGGGUGUGAUUGAAAUUUCUUUCCAGACUCCCUAGGACUACCUGGAGAUUAUGCUUUCAACCAGUGAGUGUUGGCAUAUGCAGCCUCUCGGGCAGUCCUGGGCAGUCCAGGACAGUAUUUCUAGAAGACCCACUGAUAUAUUUGGUGGCGAAAACAGCAAGUCCGUGACCAUACAGCAGCUCACUUACACUCGCAUGUACAACAGCUUUCUCUUUUUCCGGACAAAGGAGUCAAGCAACAACGCAGACCAAAAAUGUAGUCUUGUAGCACAAGUUAAACAAGGCAGUGGCAAGUGCAAGGUAUUUAUUCUUUUUUUGAAGUUGAAAUGAAAAUGCAGGUACCUAUACUUGCUGUUCGAUAGCAGCAGAUGGAAGUAUGCAGUUCCCAGCGUGAGUGGUUGCUGGCUGAUGAAAUUGUGAAAGUUGCUCCCGCAUUUAAAUCUGGGACAUUAUGUGCAAAGCACUUGUCACAAGUUGGUGAGGUGGUAGAAAAGAUCCAGGAUGAUUAAGCAGACAGGUCACAUACCCUGCCCACACGCUCUGAAAUAACAUCUUUAUCAUGCUGUACUUUUAUCAGAGUACGUCUAACAAGUUCAUCUAGAUAUGCAUGUUUUUGGAUGCGUUCUGCCCACCGAGGAUUGUUCUGGUUCCCUGGUGUGGUGACAUGCGUGCUCCUCUGUGCCGAACUCACAACUGAUUGCUGAAUGCAACAUCUUUUGCAACAUUUUAUUAGACUGGUGAGCAUGGCUUGCUCAGCCAAUCAACAUGUAAUGAAAGUAGGUGCUGCGCAUGUGGAUACCAUGGCCUACGCAGGGUACGCUGAAAUCAGUGUAAGGGAGGAUGCAGAAUCAAUAUGAAGUUCACAAUGUGAAAUUCAAAACUUGAUUCUUGCUGCAUCACAAACAUGUCUAGGUUUGUGUUGCAGCACACUGUUUUUGUGCUCAUGUUACAAGCUGACAUUGUGUCUUUAGACAAAUUGUUUCUGCCACACUUCAGCAAUGUACAAGGGGCAUUUCUACUGCUUACUACUAUGGAGCACUACUACGUCAAACGCUUACUACUACGUUAAGCAUAGUUUCGUAGCAAUGCCAUAUACCCGAGAUUGAUUUAUGAAAGUAUUGCGUUUACACCUUGCAUAAAGUACUUGAUGUUUUGCUAGACUACUGCUGUGAACCAUGUAUGCGGGAUUAUUUAAUUCAUGCUGUUGAGAAGAGCAUUUUCAUAUUUCUUUUGUAUGUUGGUGUGCGUAUGUACAUCACAAGGUGCAUGUCACUGAACACGGUAGACUUUGAUGGAAGUGUACCAUUACAAAUCGACUGCUUGUAGGCAAAGGGAUUUUUGAUCGUGCUCAUACAGUCUUUUUGCAUGGUCUUGUUGGUCUCCAUUGUCAGUUUACCAAUUGCUUAUACCCUGCGAUAUAAACAUUUCUAUAAACAUAUUUUAUGAUUUGGACAGUUGUUUGCACAUUGUCGCUAAAGUUUAAAUGACAAGGCUUAAGCAUGUCUGUGAUUGUAUUUUUUGAGGUUUAUCUUGUAAACAGCUUUGUCAGUAUCAGUUGUAAAAUAUCUCAUGGCAUUAUCUGCCCCAUGAACAUGGGUUCAUGUAUGCUUGUGGCGUCAGCAUCUUGUGUUGUUUUGAGAUUCCUCCUCACGUAUAGGUGACAGCAGAAUGACUUUGCAAAAAAUUAUAAACGUGGAGGGUGAUUCCUCCGAAUGUCGUGCAUGCUCUCAGCCUUAAUUGCUGACUCCUUAAGAAAAGGGAGAUUGAAAAACGUGAACAGUGUUCACAGUGCACAUGUAAUAGGGUGAAAAAAAGAAAGAAAGAUAAACCUUCUUGUUCAAAGUCUUCAGAGAGUUGAAAUAAAAUAGUCUACAGUUUCG